UAUCUUUAUUGAAGUGAUAAUAGUAAUUUUCACCUUUUGAUGCUUGGGCGCUAUCCCAAGGAGCAGAUCGCCCUCCAGUAGCCGUUCUCCACUUCCACUGAUUCCUCUGGAUAUGCAGGUUGAUAGAAUUCAGUUUGUAAGCAAUGCUCUGACAAUCCAAGGGGAAGGUGAAACUCCCACUCUCUUCCCCUUGCCAGCUGGUUGGAAGCCAUUUGCUUUCACAAGUAAACAGCCUUCUGAGUAUAAAAGCCAAACUACAACCCUCUUAAGAGCCUGGUUCUGUUUAUUUUGUACAUAUCUUUAACCAUUUUGGCGCCGAUGUAUUUGGAGGGGGGAAGGUAGCCUAAAUUGUGACUGUCGUAACUGAGUGGAGAAUCCAGUAGCCUUGUGUGAUCGGAUCCCUUGGGUUGUCCUGGACCCGCAAAUAAAGCUGUGGGAUUGGCAUAUAAAAGCAUGUCGCCUUCGUUACGGGUUCUGUGCUCACUGAGCGCUGGAUUAGUUGGAGUGACAGCCUCGAACGAACGCGUGGAGAGUUGUGACGUCAGGCAUCCAGCCGCCGCGCAGUAAAUGCGGCGACGGUCACGUUCGGCAUGCCCACCAAGUUUAACUUCAAUCAUGCCGGAGAGUGGCUGCUAGAAUUCAAAUAGACUUUCUGGCGCCCACCAGUUGGCUGUAAUAGAAUGCUCUCAGCGAAAUGACAGAUGCCGGGCCAGGAUGCCGCUUCGCACUACCCUAAUUUGUUUCGGCAGCCAACUUCGGAGCGUGAUGGAGUGACGGCAUGAGCAGCUGGCAUGGAAGAAAGGAAGAUGCAGAAUCCAGAAUAAGGAAAUGCGGGAGGGAGAAAGACGAGAAGCUGGCAGAUGAAAGAGAAGAUGUUCAAAAGAAAACAUUCACAAAAUGGAUAAAUGCGCAGUUUGUCAAGGCUGGGAAACCUUUGAUUGAAGAUCUAUUCACUGACUUGCGUGAUGGAAGGCGACUUCUGGAACUUUUGGAGGGUCUUGUUGGCCAUGAUCUAGCAAAAGAAAAGGGAUCUACAAGGGUUCAUGCUCUGAACAAUGUCAACCGAGCAUUACAGAUUUUGCAGAAGAACAAUGUGGAUUUGGUAAAUAUCGGAGGAAGUGAUAUAGUGGAUGGAAAUCAUAAACUUACCCUGGGUUUGAUCUGGAGCAUCAUCCUCCACUGGCAGGUGAAAGAUGUUCUGAAAGGCAUCAUGGCCAAUCUGCAGCAGACGAACAGCGAGAAGAUUCUGCUGAGCUGGGUGCGUCAAUCCAUCCGCAACUACAAGCCAGUUAAUGUUGUCAAUUUCACCUCCAGCUGGUCAGAUGGCUUGGCCUUGAAUGCCCUCAUUCACAGUCACAGGCCUGACCUCUUUGAAUGGAAGGACAUUGCAAAACUACAGUCAGCAAAUGAGAGACUGGACCAUGCCUUCAAUGUGGCCAAACAGCAUCUUGGCAUAGAAAAGUUGCUGGAUCCUGAAGAUGUUGCAACUGCACAUCCGGACAAGAAAUCCAUCAUUAUGUACAUCACGUCGCUCUUCCAGGUUCUGCCCCAGCAAGUAACUAUUGAAGCCAUCCAGGAAGUGGAAACCCUACCACGACAGCCAAAGGUUACUCAGGAAGAACAAAGAGAGAUGCUGCAAAAACAUUUCUCCCAGCAGCUCAUGGAAUCCUCAGUAGAGAAGCCAGCUGGAAGCUCAACAGUGGAAAGCGAAGUGGACCUGGACAGCUACCAGACUGCACUAGAACUAGUACUGACCUGGCUGCUUUCUGCCGAGGAUUCACUACAGGCACAGGGUGCAAUCUCGGCUGAUGUGGAGGAAGUCAAGGAGCAGUUUCAUGCCCAUGAAGGCUUUAUGAUGGAGUUAACCUCACAUCAAGGUAGUGUGGGUAAUAUUCUACAGGCUGGGAAUCAACUUAUUGAAGAGGGAAAAUUGUCAGAAGAUGAAGAAAAUGAAAUUCGGGAGCAGAUGAACUUGCUGAAUUCCCGAUGGGAAACUCUCAGAGUAGCCAGUAUGGAGAGACAAAGCAAAUUACACGAGGAGCUUAUGGAUCUUCAGCAGCAGCAGCUGAAACAUUUAGCUGAUUGGUUAACAAAUACAGAGGACAGAAUUAACCAAAUGGAGGAAAUGCCUCUUGGACCAGAUCUGGAAGCUUUAAAACAGCAAGUGGAGGAACAUAAACUUCUUCAAGAGGAUCUAGAGCAAGAACAAGUGCGAGUCAACUCUCUGACACACAUGGUCGUGGUAGUUGAUGAGAGCAAUGGAGAAAGUGCCACUGCUGCUCUGGAAGAAGAGCUUCAGAUUCUUGGAGCGAGAUGGGCGGCCAUUUGUAAAUGGACUGAGGAACGCUGGGUCCUAUUGCAGGAGAUCCUUUUUAAGUGGCAAUAUUUCACUGAGGAACAGUGCCUAUUUGAUAAAUGGUUGGCGGAGAAGGAAAAAUCAGUGAGUAAGAUUCAAACAUCUGGUUUUGAAGAUCAGAAUGAGAUGCUCACUAAUCUGAGGAAAUUAGCGAUGCUAAAGGGCGAGCUGGAGCAGAAACGGCAGACAAUGGACAAGCUUUGUGCCCUCAGUCAGGAUCUUCUUGCCUCUCUACAAAAUAAGGCUGUGGCUCAGAAGGUUAAGGCAAGGCUUGAUGAACUCGCUCAACGUUGGGAUGAUCUUGUGCAGAAACUGGAGAAUGGUUCGAAGGAGAUUUCGCAGUCUGCCACUGCAACUGAGACAUCAUUAAUGCAGACCACCGUAAUGGAAACUGUAACCAUGGUUACAACCAAAGAACAGAUUUUGGAUAAACCGAAAGAUGAACUUCCUCCAGCCCCUCCUCCCAAGAAGAGGCAGGUACUUGUGGACUCUGAGCUCAGGAAGAGGUUUGAUGUUGAUACAACAGAGUUGCACAGCUGGAUGACACGAUCAGAAGUUAUCCUUCAAAGUCCAGAGUUUACAAUUUACCGGAAAGAAGGAACAAUUUCAGAUCUUCAGGAAAAAGUUAAUGCUAUUGAAAGAGAGAAACCUGAAAAAUACAGAAAAUUGCAAGAUGCCAACAGAUCAGCUCAGGCCCUGGUGGAACAGAUGGUGAAUGAGGGGAUUUCAUCUGCUGAUGAUAUCAGACAGGCUUCAGAACAGCUCAAGAAGCGCUGGGAGGAAUUCUGUCAACUACUGCUGGAGAGGAUGGACUGGCUGCAACAUCAGGAAAAGAUCAUUAGCAUCUCUUCACAGCUUCAAGAGCUUCAGCAGGCCAUGAUCUCUGCAGAGAGCUGGCUAAAAUCACAGCAGUCACCGCCCACCGAGUCUGACACAUCAAAGAUCCAACUGGAGAAAUGCAAGGAGGAGAUCUCACGAUUGAAAACACUGCAACCAUUGGUUCAAAAGCUGACCAAACAAGGAUCUGAACUAAAACGGAAGGAAGAAGUGCCCAAGUCUUUGGUGGGUGAUAUUGUUGCCUCUACCAGUCACUAUGCACAAGUUCUUGCAGCUCUGCAGAUCCAAGAAAAGUUAUUGCAGUCUCUUCUGGAAAGCCUACCUUCUCUUCGUUACAAGGAAACUUUGAACAAGCUGGUUCUGUGGAUCCAGCAAUUAGAAGCCAAGUUAACUUUAUCACAUGUUACCGUGACAGAGUAUGAAAUUAUGGAGCAACAACUGAAGGAGCUGAAAGCUUUACAAGGUUCUUUUCAGGAACAGCAGAGUGGUCUGAAUUAUCUCACAACAACUGCAGAGGAGGUGUCAAAGAAAGCCCCAGCAGAGAUCAGCCAAAGGUACCGAUCAGAGCUUGAAGAAAUUGUUGGCCGAUGGAAGAAAUUGACACUUCAUUUGAUGGAGCGGAGCCAGAAGCUUGAGGAACUUUUAACAAAAGUUCAGCAGUUUAAGAAUGACACAAAAACCUUGAAGAAAUGGAUGGCUGAAGUGGAUGUUUUUUUGAAGGAAGAAUGGCCUGCUCUUGGUGAUUCAGAAGCACUUGAGAAGCAGCUUGAGCAGUGUACUGCUUUAGUGAAUGACAUCCAAAGUAUCCAGCCCAGCUUAAGUGGUAUUAAUGAAGUUGGGGAAACCUUGAAAAGCCAAGCUGAGCUUGAAUAUCUGAGCAAAUUACAGACUGAACUUGCUGAUCUAAAUGGAUGUUGGGAUAAUAUUUGUAAACAGGCAUAUUCCAAAAAGAAUGCGUUAAAGGGUGGACUGGAUAAAACUAUGAGUCUCAGAAAGGACCUGUCAGAAAUGCAGGAAUGGAUAGCACAAGCUGAAGAAGAGUAUUUGGAAAGAGAUUUUGAAUAUAAAACCCCUGAAGAGCUCAAGAAGGCUGUAGAAGAACUCAAGCAAGCCAAGGAAGAAGUUACCCAGAAGGAGAUGAAGGUGAAACUCCUGAGUGAUGCUGUUAAUAAUUUCAUAACAAAGGCUCCACCUGCAGCCCAUGAAGCUUUGAAGUCUGAGCUGGACGUGCUGACGGGCAAUUACCAGCGGCUCUGCAGCAGACUGAAUAGAAAAUGCAAGACUCUUGAGGAGGUGUGGUCAUGCUGGUGUGAAUUACUGUCUUAUCUGGAGGCAGAAAAUCUAUGGCUUGAUGAACUGGAGCUUAAACUCAAAGAAACAGAAAACCUUCAGGGAGGUGCUGAAGAGAUCUCUGAGGCACUUGAUUCCCUGGAAAAUGUUAUGCGUCACCCAGAUGAUAAUCAGAAUCAAAUCCGUGAGCUGGCACAGACACUGACUGAUGGUGAAAUUCUGGAUGAGUUGAUCAAUGAAAAGCUGGAAACAUUCAAUACUCGCUGGGAAGAGAUGUUACAACAGGCUUUAAGAAGACAGAAAGUCCUUGAGCAGAGCAUUCAAUCCGCACAGGAGACAGAUAAAACUCUUCGUUUAAUCCAAGAAUCUCUUGCAUUGAUUGACAAGCAGCUGACGUCAUGCAUCGCUGACAGAAUUGAUGCUGCCCAGGUCCCUCAGGAAGCUCAGAAAAUCCAGUCUGAUUUGACAAGUCACGAGAUUAGUUUGGAGGAGAUGAAGAAAAGGAUCCAAAGUCCUGAUGUCGUCGGUCAGAGCAAGUCUGCUGGAAGAGUCCUAUCACAAGUUGACAUAGCACAGAAGAAGCUGCAAGAUGUUUCCACCAAGUUCAGAUUGUUCCAGAAGCCAGCGAAUUUUGAGCAGCACCUGUUGGAAUGCAAAAGGCUCCUGGAUGAGGUGAAAUCUGAACUGCACAUGUUGGAAAUGAGCAGUGUAGAGCCGGAAUAUGUCCAGAACCAGCUUGACCAUUGUAUGAAAUUAUAUAAGAAUCUGAGUGAAGUGAAAUCUGAUGUGGAAACAGUGAUUAAAACUGGGCGUCAAAUUGUACAGAAACAGCAAACAGAGAAUCCCAAAGAACUAGAUGAGAGAGUAACUGCCUUGAAACUACAAUACAAUGACCUCGGAGCUCAGGUAACAGAAGGAAAGCAAGAAUUGGAGAAGUCUCUGAAAUUUUCUCGGAAGCUGAGGAAAGAAGUGAAUGCUUUGACAGAGUGGCUGGCAGCAACAGAUGCAGAGUUGACAAGGAGAUCAGCAGUUGAAGGCAUGCCUACUAAUUUAGACACUGAGGUUGCCUGGAGUAAGGGUACACAGAAAGACAUAGAGAAGCGACGGCUACUGCUGAACAGCAUCACAGAGACUGGUGAGAGUCUGAAGGCCAUGUUAGGAAAGAGUAACAAUGUCGUUGAUGAUAAGCUCAGUCUGUUGAACUGUAACUGGAUAGCAGUCACAUCACGGGCCGAAGAAUGGCUUAAUCUUCUGCUGGAAUACCAGAAACAAAUGGAAAAUUUUGACCAGAAUGUUGCUCAUAUCACAACCUGGAUGUAUCGUGCUGAAAUUUUAUUGGAUGAAUCUGAAAAACAGCAAGCUGGACAGAAAGAGGAAGCUUUGAAGCGUCUGAAGUCUGAACUCAAUGACAUGAGACUGAAGGUGGAUGCUGUGCGUGACCAGGCCUUGGAGCUGAUGACAAAUCGUGGAGAUCACUGCAGGGAGGUGGUGGAACCCAAGCUGUCAGAACUGAAUCAGAGGUUUGAUGCCAUUGUGCACAGAAUAAUAACUGGCAAGCCAAUUCCCGAGAACGUAUCUGAUACCCCAAUAACAUUCGGGAUUGAGAUUGAGGAACUGAAAAAUCAGAAGAGUUUUCUCGCUGUGCAGGAGAAAGUGCAACAGCAGGUUUCAAAGGAGUUGGAUCAGUUUGAUACAAAUAUCCAGCAAAUGCUGGAUGUCUUGGAAGAGGAAAUACAACUUGGAGAGAACCUGAAAGAAGAGGACUUUGAGAAAGAUAUGAGUGAAGACGAUGAGAAGAAAAUGAAUGAACUGACAAAAAGGGCAGAUUUGUUGCAACAGGAUAUCACAGAUGAGAGAACGCGAGAAGAAAUUAGAAAGAAACAACGGAUGCUGGAGGCUAAAUUUAAUAUUCUCAAGGAUUUAAGAUCGAUAAGAAGGAAAAAGGCUCUGGAGAUCACUCCUGAUUGGUAUCAAUAUAAGAAGCAGGCUAACAACCUGUUGCAGUGGUUGGACGACAUUGAGAAAAGGUUAGCCAAUCUGCCAGAACCCAAAGAUGACCAGAAGAUGAAGGAGUUGGAUGCUGAACUGGAAGAGAAGAGAGGAGAUCUGAAUGCAGUGCACAGACAAGCACAGAGCCUGUCAAAGAAGGGAGCUGGCAAGGCACUGGAGCUGCAGCUGCUCCAGCUCAACAAACGCUGGAAUCACAUUGAGAGCAAAUUUGCUCAGUUUCGAAGAUUGAACUAUGCACCAAUUCUAAGUACUUACGAAGAACGCAUUGUUACUGUGCGGAGUGAAAGGAUAUUGCCUGAACCCUCUUACAUGCCUUCUGCCUACCUGACAGAGGUACACCAGCUUCACAAAGCUGUGUCUGAUGAGGCGCUUCUCCUCAAGUCUCCUGAGCUUCAAGCCAAGGAUUUCGAAGAUUUCUCAAAGCAGGAUGCAUGUUUAAAGGAUGUGAAAAGGCAAUUGGAAAAGCUCUCAAGCCAAGUGGCAUCUGUCCACAGCCAGAAACCUGCUGUUCUCCGGAGCGUCGCCUACCCAGAUGUUAACCGUAUUCAGGAUGCAGUAGCUGAGCUUGAUGAUAAGUGGGAAGAUGUGAACAAGAUGUACACUGAACGUCAAAGGAGGUUUGAUAGAAGUGUGGAAAGAUGGCGUACCUUCAACAAUGAACUGAAAGACCUGGCCAAGUGGAUGACAGAAGCAGAAAUUACUCUGGCUAACAACAAGAUGGAGGAUGAAACUAUAGAUCCAGUGAGAAUGAAGCAAGUAGUAAAGGAAUUGCAGAAUGGAAUUGGAAUCCAGAAGAGUGCUGUCGCUCGUUUGAACGUGACAGGAGAGGAGAUUAUUGGACAGUCAUCAAAACCUGAUGGUGACAUCCUCAAAGAGAAACUGAGUGAGCUGAACAGACGUUGGCAGGAAAUUUGCAGACAGGUGGAUGAAAGAAAGAGAAGGUUGGAGGAGGAGAAGAAUAUUCUUUUAAAAUUACAGGAAGAUUUGAAUGAGUAUUCCUGUUGGCUGGAAGAUACAGAGAAGACUUUGAGAUUAGUAUCGGAACCUGGAAAUGAGCAGCAGCUGAAAGAGUCACUCGAGAGAGUCAAGCUACGAGCGGAAGAACUACCUAGGCGGAAAGGGAUAUUGAAGUGCUUAAAUGAAAGAGGAGGAACAACACUCAAAAGCAAGACUCUGGCCCCAGAACAACGCUUUAAAUUGGAAACAGAUCUCCUGCAGGCGAAUAAUUGCUGGACAAAGGUAUCAAAAAAUCUGCCUGAUAAACAAAAAGAAAUAGAAGAAAAUUUGAAGGACUUGGCACUAUUUCAACAGCAGAUAAACCUUCUCACACUCUGGGCUUCUACUACCAAGCAUCAGUUGGAAUCAUACAAGCAAGCACCAUCACCAGAAGUCUUUGAUAUUCAGGAGACAGAAGAAGGAGUACUAGCCAAACAGGCUGAUGUGGCAGGCAUAUUUUUUAAGGCACAGAAUUUCUAUAAAGACAAACCAAUUCCUCAACCAAUAAAGGGAAAAAUUGACAACCUGAAUUCUGACUGGAAGACGAUCAAUAAGUUAUUAUACGACCUGAAACAAAGGCAUCAACCUGGUGUCCUUUCAACCACACAGCAAACAGUUACCCUGGUGACACCGAUGCCCGUUACCACGGAAACAUCGUUCACAAAGUUCGACAUGCCAUCCUCUUUGCUCACGGAUGUUCCUGCUCUGGCUGACUUCAACAAGGCUUGGGUGGAACUGACAGACUGGCUUUCAUUGCUGGAUCGUGUGAUCAAGUCUCAGCUUGUGACAGUGGGAGACGUUGAAGAAAUCAAUGACAUGAUAAUAAAGCAGAAGGCCACUCUGCAAGACUUGGAUCAAAAGCGCCCUCAGCUGGAUGAGCUUAUCACUGCAGCACAGAACCUGAAGAACAAGACAACCAACCAGGAGGCUCGAGCAAUCAUUACAGAUCGUAUUGAAAAGGUUCAGACUCAGUGGGAUGAGGUGCAAAGCCGGUUACAGUCUCGCACCCAACAGCUGCAGGAGAUGCUGAAGGAUUCCAAUCAAUGGCUGGAAGCCAAGCAAGAGGCAGAGGAACUUCUUGAGAAAGCCAGAACAAAGCAGGGAACCUGGAAGGAAAUGUCCUACAACGUGGACAUACUAAUGAAGCAGAAUGCAGACGUAAAGCAAUUGAUCAAGGAGCUGCGGCAGUGGCAGAUAAAGGUGGACAUGGCGAAUGACCUUGCACGCAAGCUUCUGCGGGAUUAUUCAACGGAUAAUACUUCGAAGGUGGAAAUGAUGGCCAACAGCCUUCAUGUUUCUUGGGCAGCUGUUAAUAAAAGGGCCAGCGAGAGGGAAGCUGCAGUGGAAGCAGCCCUCAGGUUGCUGCAACAGUACUAUCUGGAUUUGGACAAAUUCCGGGCCUGGCUUACAGAAGCAGAGACCACUGCCAAUGUCCUGCAGGAUGCUACCUAUAAAGAGAGGCUAUUGGACAACACCCAGCUGGUCCAGGAUCUGACAAAACAGUGGCAGGAUCUUCAGUCAGAAAUUGACGCUCACACAGAUACAUAUCACAAUUUGGAUGAGAAUGGACAGAAAAUACUUAAGGGUCUGGAGGGUGCUGAGGAAGGGGUUUUGCUUCGGAAAGAUCUUGAUGACAUGAACUUUCGUUGGACUGAACUCAGGAAAAAAUCACUGAAUAUCAGAGCCUGUCUGGAAACAAACGCUGAGCAGUGGAAGCGGCUGAAGAUCUCCCUCCAGGACUUACUGACAUGGAUGAAUUUGAAGAAUGAUGAACUAAGGAGGCAAAUGCCUAUUGGUGGUGAUGUUCCCAUAGUGCAACAGCAGAAUGAUGUUCACCGAACUUUCAAACGGGAGCUGAAGGCAAAAGAACCAGUGAUCAUGAGCACAUUGGACACAGUGAAUUUGUUCUUGGCUGAUCAGUCAAUCAGAGGGCCUGAAAGUCUUUUAUCUGUACCAAAAGAAAAAACACCUGAAGAGAAUGUCCAGAAUAUUGCGAGAGUCAUUCGGAAGUAUGCCGAAGACGUGAAAGUGGAAUGGGACAAGUUGAGCGUUCACUCUGUUGAUUGGCAGAAGCGUAUAGAUGAUGCCUUGAAGAGACUACUGGAAUUGCAAGAUUCAAUGGAUGAAUUGAACCUCAAAUUGAGACAGGCUGAAGCUAUCAAAGAUACUUGGCAACCUGUAGGGGAUCUGCUAAUUGACUCAUUGCAGGAUCAUAUUGAAAAAGUCAAGGUUUUCAGAGGAGAAAUCGCUCCCAUGUCAGAGAAUGUGACUCAUAUGAAUGAUCUCGCUUCUAAGUUUGUGCCACCUGAUCUCCAACUAUCCCCAUACAAUCUAAAUCAGCUGGACGAUCUGAACACAAGGUGGAAACUCUUACAGGUGUCUAUAGAUGAGCGUCUGAAGCAAUUGCAUGAAGCUCAUAGAGAUUUUGGACCCACAUCCCAGCAUUUCUUGUCCACUUCUGUCCAAGGUCCUUGGGAGCGAGCAAUAUCACCCAACAAAGUUCCCUACUACAUUAAUGCAAAGACUGUGAUCGGAAGUAAACUAAGGUCAUCAGAUCACCAAACCCAGACCACCUGCUGGGAUCACCCCAAGAUGACGGAGCUUUACCAGUCGCUAGCUGAUCUAAAUAAUGUCAGGUUCUCUGCGUAUAGAACUGCCAUGAAGCUACGAAGACUUCAGAAAGCUCUUUGCUUGGAUCUUCUUACCCUGCCAAGUGCUUGCGAGGCAUUUGACCAGCACAAUCUGAAGCAAAAUGACCAACUAAUGGAUAUUCUGGAGAUAAUUAACUGCUUGACUUCAAUCUAUGAUCGUUUGGAGCAGGAACACAGUAACCUUGUUAAUGUGCCUCUUUGUGUAGACAUGUGUCUUAACUGGCUCCUCAAUGUCUAUGACACUGGUCGAACAGGGAAGAUUCGUGUCCUGUCCUUUAAAAGCGGAGUCAUGUCUUUGUGCAAAGCACACCUGGAGGAUAAAUAUCGUUAUCUGUUCAAGCAAGUGGCGAGUCCCACUGGAUUCUGUGAUCAGCGCAGGCUUGGGCUUCUACUGCAUGAUGCAAUUCAGAUUCCACGCCAGCUGGGAGAAGUUGCAUCCUUUGGAGGCAGCAACAUUGAACCCAGUGUUCGCAGCUGCUUCCAGUUUGCCAAUAACAAGCCCGAGAUUGAGGCAGCCUUGUUCCUGGAUUGGAUGAGGCUGGAGCCUCAGUCGAUGGUCUGGAUGCCAGUACUCCACAGAGUGGCAGCAGCUGAGACAGCUAAACACCAGGCCAAGUGCAAUAUUUGUAAAGAAUGCCCCAUCAUUGGAUUCAGAUACCGGAGCUUAAAGCACUUUAAUUAUGAUGUCUGCCAAAGCUGCUUUUUUUCUGGUCGGACAGCAAAGGGUCAUAAAAUGCAUUACCCGAUGGUGGAAUACUGCACCCCGACAACUUCGGGAGAAGAUGUCCGAGAUUUUGCAAAGGUUUUAAAGAACAAGUUCCGAACAAAGAGGUACUUUGCAAAACAUCCCCGAAUGGGAUAUCUGCCGGUGCAGACAGUUCUGGAAGGGGAUAACUUAGAAACUCCUGUUACUCUGAUCAACUUCUGGCCAGUAGAUUAUGAACCUGCCUCAUCCCCACAGUUGUCACAUGAUGAUACUCAUUCUCGAAUUGAACAUUAUGCUAGCAGGCUAGCAGAAAUGGAAAACAGAAAUGGAUCUUAUUUGAAUGACAGCAUCUCACCAAAUGAAAGCAUAGAUGAUGAGCACCUGCUGAUCCAGCAUUACUGCCAGAGUCUGAAUCAGGAGUCACCACUGAGUCAGCCUCGGAGUCCGGCUCAGAUCCUCAUCUCCUUGGAGAGUGAAGAGAGGGGAGAGUUGGAAAGAAUUCUAGCUGACCUGGAGGAUGAAAACAGAAACCUUCAGUCUGAGUAUGAGAGGCUGAAGCAGCAGCAUGAUCACAAGGGCCUGUCUCCUUUGCCAUCCCCUCCUGAGAUGAUGCCCAUUUCACCACAGAGUCCCAGGGAUGCCGAACUGAUCGCUGAAGCCAAACUGCUUCGUCAGCACAAAGGUCGCCUCGAGGCUAGGAUGCAGAUCCUGGAAGAUCACAACAAGCAGCUUGAAUCCCAGCUCCACAGACUGAGGCAGCUGCUGGAGCAGCCGCAGGCAGAAGUCAGAGUCAAUGGUACUACCGUCUCCUCCCCUUCUACUUCCUCACAAAGAUCAGACAGCAGCCAGCCAGUGCUACUGCAUGGAGUUGGCAGUCAGACUUCAGGAUUAGUGGGUGAGGACGACUUGCUGAGUCCGACCCAGGGUACCAGCAGUGGAUUAGAAGAUGUAAUGGAGCAACUCAAUAACUCCUUUCCAAGCUCUCGGCGUAACAAUGUAGGCAGCCUCUUCCAUAUGGUGGACGAUCUUGGCCGCGCAAUGGAAACCUUGGUGACGGUCAUGACAGACGAUGAGGCAGCAGAGUAACCAGAUGUGCUUUAUCACAAUUUUGGCUUCAGAUGUCAAGCAUGGUUUUUAUAUGUUCAUACAAAAUAUAAAUGGAUUGGACCGUACAGGUUUACAAGUUUAAAAAAAGAAAACAUCUAUUUUUUUGUGAAAGGUAGUGGUAAUAUACUGUAGAUUUCAGUAGUUUCCUAAGUCUGUUAUUGUUUUGUUAACAAUGGCAGGUUUUACAGUUCUAUGCAAUUGUACAAAAAAUGAAUGAAAACAUAAAAUCUUGGUAGCUACAUACCUUGCCAUUUCUUUGUAUGGAACGUGUUUCGGAUUGUUAAAUUUGUAACAAUUAUGAAGAUUGUUCACUAAAAGGGUGCUUUCUAACGAAUAACACAUAAUUUUAUUGUUUAUAAACCCCCUUCCCCAGAACAAGACAAUUUUGAAAUGGUAAGAGGUAACGCAUUUGUCUUUGCUUCAUUUCAGCUGUAAUCAAAUAAGAAAAAAAAAUCACAAUCAGUGUUGAUCUUUAUUUUUCUUCUUAGUAAGUGAUAAUAUUGUAGCACAUAGCAGAACCAAAACUCUUUAUCUGACAUCUCCAUUUUUCUAAUGAAAUGCCAGGAAUGUAUUGCUGCAUUGCCCAGAAAAUCUCCAUCAUUCGGUUAUAAUCACCAUAUAUUGGAGAGAACUUAUUUAUUUGGCAUUGGAUAUCUUUAUCUUAAAAAAAGCAGUCUUUAACUCUCAUUAAUUCUACCUCAUUGUUUUGUUUUGGCUAAAUUUUUCCACAGUUUUAAUUGAUAUUUGGAACAAUAAUCCUUAAAUUUAUAACUUAGAUGCAUAAAAUUUACCAAUGGAUCUUUGGAAUUAUUUAUAACACCUCUCCACAAUUGGGCAGUAAUUUUUUGUUUGUGGCUGUUUGGAGUUAACAUUAUCUUUUUAAUGCACCCUCGAACCAACUUUUUUAAGGUGUCAUCAGUUUUCUAAUCCAUUUAAAUAAGGUACAAAUUAAAGGUUAGUUUACUACAGAUGUUGCUGCUAAAAUAGGUAUUUGCUUGCAGCAACUGCGUUCUCAGUUGUGAUUUCAUUAAAUAGAAUAUUAGUUUUUGGGGUGAGUCAGAAAAAAAGGAUGCAAAAUAUGAAUUACUUAAAAAUACCAUGAAGCAUUUGAGUUCACUUUGUAUGACCUGAAUGUAUUUGACUAUGGAAGUAAUCAGUAUAACUUGGUGCAUAAAUAUCACUAUGGCAUGUUAUGUCAUUUUAACCAGUAUUGUUUGUUAUUCAAAUGUCAUCAUAAUAUAUUGCAUUAUACAUUACGUUAACACCUCCAAUACACAUACUAAUUGUUUUGUAAAGUAUAUUUUCCUGCAUAAUCACCACAUAUCAAAUUCCACACAAUAUAUGCCUUACUAUUGUAUUAUAUAUUGCUUUACUGUGUAUACAAUUAAAGCACGCAG